ACAACAACCACCACAUAUUUUAUUUUGAAAAUUAGCAACGGAAUAUGAGCAUUUGUUUUCUGGCGAUCUUAAUACUAGCUAUCCCUAGCUGCUGGAAGGACAGGGGAGAAAUGGCUGAUACCAUAGCUGACACAAGAAGGCUCUUCUCAAAGCCUCAGAACUUAAAUGACGCUUAUGGACCUCCAAGUAAUUUUCUAGAGAUUGAUGUGAGCAACCCUGAGACCAUCGGGGUUGGCAGGACCAGAUAUACCACGUAUGAAGUUAGAUUGAAGACCAACCUACCCAUCUUUAAGCUGAAGGAGUCUAGUGUACGGAGGCGGUACAGCGACUUUGAGUGGCUCAGAGCGGAGCUGGAGAGGGAGAGCAAGGUGGUCGUCCCACCUCUCCCGGGAAAAGCUUUUUUCCGGCAGCUUCCGUUUCGAGGGGACGAUGGGAUAUUUGAUGACUCCUUCAUUGAGGAGCGGAGACAGGCUCUGGAGCAGUUUCUCAACAAAGUGGCAGGUCACCCUCUAGCUCAGAACGAACGAUGCCUGCACAUGUUUCUACAGGACGAGUCUUUGGACAAGAACUACACCCCGUCCAAAAUCAGACAAGCCUAAAAAAAAAAGAUGGUUCUGCUUGGCCUGGUCUGGCUUGGCCCUGGUCUGACAACCCAAAGCUCUCUUCACUGCUUCAGGUUUCUCUCAGACAAUAACAUUUAAAUGACAACAUCCCCUCCCCGCUCCACCCCAAAAUAAUAUUGUUCACUGCCUCUUUUAGUUUACUUAAUGACCCUGAUCACUGUUUGUUUUCACUUUCUAAUUGGAGUCAAGAAUGUUUGAAACAUAACUGUAGGUGAAAGCAAUUUAUAUUAUUUUCUCUUUACGUCUGGAAAUGCCACUAACAUGGAUAUAUUAUGUAUUUAUCAUUUAGUUGUCAUGAAUAUAUUCAUUUAUAUUGUAACAUUAAAUGAGCGUUCUAUAUAUGUAAAGCUCUUGUAAAGACCCAAAGCGUUUCCCAUCAUAUAUAGCCAAUACUGGCAUGUUGCACACCAUAACUAGCAACUACAAACACACACACACACACACACACUUGUGAUAGGCCUUGACUUUCAAAAUCACACUUAUUUGAUCCUCCCUUCAAAAGGAGACGUUUGUGUCAACCAGCACCUGCCCAGUUAUCACAAUGAUUUUCUAGUAAGAAAUAAUUUACACAGAGGAACUGCAGUAUUUCUACUGGCUAUAUGCAUUUUGAGAUUUGUAUACUGCUGUGCCAUUUUCUUUUUUUUUGUGAAGAUUUUCCAAUAAAAUAGAUGAAAUGUC